AUGAGGGCAGGAAAACUGGAAAACCUCAAGAGGGAAAUGGACAAGUGCAAAGUGGACGUCGUGGGACUGAGCGAGGUAAGAUGGCAGGGGCAAGGUGAAACCGAAUCGGACGGUUUCACAAUGUAUCACUCCGGAGGAGACAUAUCCGAGAGAGGAGUGGCAGUCAUGGUGAGAAACAAGUCAGUGAGGAGUGUGCUGAAUGUGAACUGCGUGAGUGAUCGUUUGAUGAGUGUAAAAAUGAAAGCGGAGCCGGUGGACGUGAUGGUGGUGCAGGUGUACAUGCCAACAUCGAGCCACGACGAGGCGCAGGUAGAACUAAUCGACGAGCAGAUAGACGAGAUGCUGUCUCAGGAAGGCAAAGGAAAGGUCAACGUGGUGAUUAUGGGAGAUUUUAAUGCAGCAGUCGGAAAGGGAUCAGAGGAAAAGAUAGUCGGAAAAUACGGAUUGGGCAGAAAGAUUUUUGGGCAGAAGAUUUUUGCCGCAGAAACAAUCUGA